GGGCUCCCCGCGGUUCCUUCCCACCGCGGUCCUCCGCCGCCAGUCCCCAGUCUCUGGGCAAAACCCACCUGGUCCGCUGAGCAGCAGAACCCCCACCCCGCGCCCGGCCAUGGCGGAGCCUGGAGAACAACUGCCGGAGGAGGUGCUGGCACUCAUUUUCCGUCACCUGCCCCUGCGGGACCGCGCCGCUGCCGCGAGGGUUUGCAGAACUUGGGCUGCCGCUGCCACCUGCAGCACUGUGUGGCACAACACGAACAUCAGUUGCGACUGUGAGCUAGAAGGCAUGCAGCCGCAGUAUCUGUCCGCUUGCCUGGACCACGUUCAGAAUCUACGUCUGGAAUUUGUGCCGUCCAGGGAGCCGAGCCGCCUGGCGGCCAUAGAGUUGCUGACUGCACUGGCUGGCCGUAACCCCGAGCUGCGAGGCCUGUGCCUGGAGUGCCGCGGAGAAAAGCGGCUCUUCGACUCGGGCCGCGACGUCCUGGACGCAGUGCACGCCCUCUGUAGGGCCGCCCGCGCGCUGCGCCACCUCGACCUGCGGCGCUUGCCCUUCACACUGGACGACGCGCUGGUGCUGCAGGUGGCACACGGUUGCCCGGAGCUCUGCAGCCUUUUCGUGGAUAACAGUACGCUGGUGGGCAGCGUGGGGCCAGGCUCCGUGCUGAAGCUGCUGGAGGCCUGCCCCUGCCUGCGCGCCCUCGGCCUGCACCUGGCCAGCCUGUCGCGCACCGCGCUCGAGGCACUGGCGGCGCCAGACCGCGCACCUUUUGAGCUCCUGGCCCUGCGGUGCGCAUGUCCCGAAGACGCACGCGCGCCGCCCCUGCCUAACGAAGCCUGGGCCGAGCUGAGCCGCCGCCACCCUGGACUGGCCGUAGAGCUGGAGCUGGAGCCGGCUCUGCCUGCCGAGAGCGUGACGCGUGUCCUGCAGCCUGCUGUGCCCGUGGCUGCGCUGCGCCUCAGCCUCUCUGGGGACACCGUAGGCCCGGUGCGCUUCGCAGCGCGCCACUACGCCGCAACCUUGCGCGCGCUCGAGGUGCGCGCUGCCGCCUCUGCCGAGCUGGACGCCGCGCUGGAGGAGCUGGCAGAGCGCUGCGCGGGCCUGCGCGAAGUGCACUGCUUCUGCGUGGUGCGACCCUCCGUGCUGCACGCCUUCCGCACUCACUGCCCGCGCCUGCGCAGCUACACGCUCAAGCUAACGCGGGAGCCACAUCCCUGGCGGCCCACGCUUGUGGCGUGAGGCGAGAAACGCUCUUUCCCCUCCCUGCGGACGUGUGGCCUCUGAGAUGCUUCGUGGGUUUGCCCAGGGGCGCGUCAGCUGCUAGUCCGCUCCUUUAGGACUCUGUUGCCUCUUGUCCCUCUCGAGAAUUGGGGGCUGUGGGAUGGCGUCGGUACCAGCCCGGAGCAACCUGAGUCCACUCGUUGCUGUCAACAUCUGCAGACACCCACUGUCCCCGCCAUACGGGGAUCACCCUCCUCCAACCCCAGUCCUCUGCAAACGUUGCUCGGCGGCCACGGCGUGGGAGGCGGGAGGGCGCUGGCUCAAAGCAUGCCUCAUGGUUGAGUGUGAAAUAAAUCAAGCAGUAUCUCU